GGGGAGGCCUUAGCUCCGGGCGGGCGGCGGCUGCUGCAGCGGGACCCGGGAGCGGGGCCCGGCGCCGCCCGGGCUGCGGGGCGAUGUGAGCCCCAGGUGUGUCCCAGAGGGAUCAAGGUGACUUCUCUGCAAACUGUUUGCCAUGACACCCCACCAAGGACGGGAGAAAUAGAGUGGGAAUCCUUCCCCAUGCCCCUCCCAUGGUCAGCUCCCCGAUGGCCUGGGUGAGGGUGGGCUGGCUGCUCUGACACCAUGGGGGGCUGCUGCAGCUGCCUGAACAGAGACAGCAUCCCAGACAACCACCCCACCAAGUUCAAGGUGACAAAUGUGGAUGACGAGGGGGUAGAGCUGGGCUCUGGGGUGAUGGAGCUGACGCAGAGCGAGCUGGUGCUGCACCUGCAUCGGCGGGAGGCCGUCCGCUGGCCCUAUCUCUGCCUGCGGCGCUAUGGCUAUGACUCCAAUCUCUUCUCCUUUGAGAGUGGCCGCCGAUGUCAGACCGGCCAGGGGAUAUUUGCAUUCAAGUGCUCCCGGGCCGAGGAAAUCUUCAACCUCCUUCAGGAUCUGAUGCAGUGCAACAGCAUCAGUGUGAUGGAAGAGCCAGCCAUCAUCACCCACAACAGCCACCCCACUGAGCUUGACCUCCCUCGGGCGCCCCAGCCGCCCAACGCUCUAGGCUACACUGUCUCCAGCUUCUCCAAUGGCUUCCCUGGCUGCCCUGGAGAGGGCCUACAAUUCUCAGCUCCCCGGCGGCCCUCGACAAGCAGCCUGCGACAUUCUUCACUUGGGGAAGAGUCCACCCAUGCCCUCAUUGCCCCCGAUGAGCAGUCCCACACCUAUGUCAACACACCAGCCAGUGAGGAUGACCACCGCAGGAGCCGGCACUGCCUGCAGCCCCUGCCCGAGGGUCAGGUGCCCAUACCCCAACAGGCCGGGGACCCCGACCAACGGGACCCGCAGGUGUUCUUACAGCCAGGCCAGGUGAAGUUCGUGUUGGGCCCAACCCCCGCUCGGCAGCACAUGAUGAAGUGCCAGGGCCUCUGCCCCAGCCUGCACGACACCCCCCACCACAACAAUAACAACGAGGGCCUUUCUGAGUGCCCAGCCCAACCCAAGUGCACCUACGAGAAUGUCAGCAGGGGGCUGCGGCGAGGGGCUGGCUGGAGACUGAGCCCAGAGGAGCCGAGCUGGAAUGGCCCUGCCCACCGCCGGGCCGCUCUGCUGCAUUAUGAGAACCUGCCCCCGCUUCCGCCUGUGUGGGAGAGCCAAGCCCAGCAGCUGGCGGGGGAGGUCGGGGAUGAUGGGGACUCAAGGGAUGGGCUCACACCCUCCUCCAAUGGCUUCCCUGAUGGUGAGGAGGACGAGACCCCACUGCAGAAGCCCACCAGCACCCGGGCCACCGUCCGCAGCCACCCCAGCUUCCCUGUGCCACUCACCCGGCGCCGCGGCUCCCCAAGGGUCUUCAACUUUGAUUUCCGCCGGCCAGGCCCUGAGCCCCCAAGGCAGCUCAAUUACAUCCAGGUGGAGCUAAAGGGUUGGGGUGGAGACCAUGUCAAGGGGCCCCAGAACCCCUCGGUCUCCCAAGCCCCUGUGCCCACUACCCAUCCUGCCCGCAGCUCAGACUCCUACGCUGUGAUUGACCUCAAAAAGACCGUGGCCAUGUCCAACCUGCAGAGGGCUCUGCCCCGAGAUGAUGGCACUGCCAGAAAAACCCGGCACAACAGCACCGACCUGCCUCUGUAGGGACAUCCUGGUCCUCCCCACCCUCUGCCCCACCACAGUCCAGCCUCUGCCUCACACUCCUGUCCUCUGAACCCACCCACCCUAUGGUUCAGGGUUGCUUUGCAGAAGGUAUUGAGGUGGGACCAGAUACUUCCCUAUGCUGGCUGGAGUCCCCAAAGAUGUCAGCCACCGAGUCUCCUGGUCUCCAAGCUGUGGAGAAGAGAGUGACCAGGCGGGGAGGGAGCCACUACAUAAACUGUGAAGGGUUCCAGUGACUGCAUUUAGCGUCCUCCUGUUAUGUCCAUCUGUCUUGUCUGUCAGCUGUGUGUUUUGUUUUUUUUUUUGUUGUUGGAAUUUUAAAACAUUUUG